CACGACAUUCCACACGAUAUUCCACUUUGAAGGCAUAUCCAAAAGUCCAAAAGUCCACCUACCUGAGAAGAGCCCCUGGACCCAAGGCUGUUUUGAAGCUUUCGGAAAGCCCUGUGUCCGGUGUCUUGCCAAGCUGUUGCCCGAAACACGGAUUCUCGUCGAAUACUACCUAUUCAGCAACCCCGCGGCAUCAGCUGUUCAGACUACGGCUCCCUUUCUGGUAAAGAGUCACAACAGGAUUGAAACAUCAGGAAACCCUAGAGAGCCAAACUGCCACGAGGACCUUCAUCGCGGGUGGCUGCAGCUGUCGAGGGCGGUGCUCGAGUGUCAUCCCAAGUUUUGAAGCUUACCAUCGUCAACUUCGAAGCCCAAGCGCCUACAGAGGGGCCGGUGGGUUUAAGGUCGGUGACAGACUGCCAACGCUACCCUCGGAAACUUCAUCCCGUUGUCAUGCCUUUGGACGCCCUGCCUGUUCUGGCCAGUCCAUAGCCCAAAGCGUACACCAAGCGUCCCGAGAGGUGCACCGAGCACUCGAGUACCGGAUUUUCAAGAGAGUGCGGAAGAUCCAUCUGUCAGCAGCCCCUGCUGCAUACCAGACAUGACAACGGCAGCGCCAGAAAGGUAGGUAGGGCAAGGGCCCAGACAGCUCUCAAGACUCGCUUCCGCUGGAGAUCAAAUCCCCUUGGCCUCCGAUGCGAAUCUCGGCUUGAUGCCAGAAGCUAUCGCCAUUCCCGACUGGAAAGGAUCUUUUGAGAUUAGCCUUUGUUUCUGGAAAUCCCCCGAUAUCUCGUCAAGAAACAUGCUCCAAGCUCCACGCUGGGGUGUCUAUGCCAGGGUCAUUCCCUGUGCCAUGUACACUGUGCUCAGCCCAUAUCAUCCCGUCAGUAUAGGACGACCAGUAUCAGCAAGAGCUGACUAAAACAUACUACUGCAUGGUUUAUGCGAUUCACAUACGGGAUGUGGUGGCCAACAUGCUGAUAGCCGGGCAGGUCCUUCAAGCGAUCGCAACAGUAGUAUCCAAAAGAACACGCGAAACAAAAAGGCUCUGAGACUGUCGGCACACCCUCAAAAGAUCUGCUCUGCUGUGCCUGUAGGGCCACAGAUCAUGGCUGCCGAUAUGUCCAAAACGUUCGGUUCUUGGGAAUGCCCCUGCAUGACCGCCAGCCAUUCCGUCCUGGACAGGAAUCUGGAACUCUGUCUGCAAAGUUGGGUGGCCAUCUUGAUGGCAAGAGCGGUCUGAUGAGUCUGGUUCUGCAGUACCGUUCCACUGAGCACAUUAAUUGUUUGCUAGUCUCGAUCUUGGAAACCGGAGCCUGAUGGUCGCAGCAGGAAGUUUACCGAUGCUCCUCCAGGCCCAUAUACAGGGCAGGACAGCUAGCGGCAGUGAGAUCAAGAGUCUAUGAUGAGUGGCAUAUUUACUUACAUGUCAUGAUCGCCCACAACGGCUCCUGGGGAGGGUUCUGGAACACGGGUGACAGACAUCACGAUGUGCACAGCAGCCGAUGCGAAUCAUAGUAGACUGGUGUUUCGAGAGGGCUGUUGACAUGGCGGUAACGAUGAACGGCAUAAGAUCAGCUCGAGAAUCCGGUCGCAGUGCAAGCUCAGGCACAAGGAUCCGGAGUCGCUGCUCGUCUCAAGUUUCACGCGUCUGGGCUCAGGGGCCCCUCUCCCAUACGCCCAAGCGUCCGUGACAGACCAGGUUGUUCGGUACGUACUCGACAUCGUUAACAGCCAAGCAUUUGGGUCCGGGGGGGCAGUUCCUGUUUGGGAUAGUGCGCCGCGGGCUCUGCAGGAUGCACGAGCCCAGCGAAAUGGGUGUGGGAAGUGGGAGAAGUGAAGAAGACACCCUCCCCCUUUGGGUUAGACCGGAGAAGCAUUCGCGCCACACAAAUGUGUGCACCGCUCUCCGCUCUUUGGGUUGCCAUGCCACCUUCGUCAAAGGAUCUGUCGGGUUGGUAGCACGACGAAGCCAUUCAGAUUGUUGACGCCAGUUGAGCCUGGAGUAAUUACACAGACAGUACGCUGUACACCCGUGAACAGCAAACUUCGGAAUGCAUAGCAAAGCACUGGUUUCGCCAGUCGAAUGACCAGUCUCUGUGCAUGAGCCUCAGACGUUUGGACUCGGCAGAUCAAUGGCAAUCAUAUCAUUCAGACCCCUCCUGGGACCUUCCGACCCGUUGUUGUGUAGCGCCCGGCUGGCAGUUUGGUACUGUAGAAAAAAGACAGCCAGUCAUAACCGACCUUGGGUAACUACGGCACGUACACAAUGUGAGAUAUGUACCUAUCUACGGAACCUGGUCAUGCAAUGACACUGGCUGGACCUUACGUCGAGAGCAUCCUUCUUGAAGAAUGAAGUGAAGAGAGUCGGCCUAUUUUUGAUAGUAUAGGUAAUAAAGCACUGACCAAGGUUGUGAAGGAGAAUAAUAGGCCCAGCCAGGCAGAAGAGAUGGGCACCCAGCACCAAUGCACAAUGAGGCAGUCAGAGCCCCGUAUGAACAUAUAACAGGAGGCGUUAUAACUCUAUGGAAUUGGACGGAUGGGUGCACGGGUGACAUGCUCUGAAGGGUAUCGAGCAUUUCGAGUCUGAGGUACGUACCGGACUGGGGGUCCCGGCGACAACGGGGGAGACCCCUCUGAUCACCAUCGGCCCCAUGCCCUGAUCCCUGGCCUGGCACAGCACCCCAAGGCCGACCCACCCACUUUGUGACAACACUCACUGGCCGCCUUGGUCCGGGGAUCAACUUGUGGAUACUGGUGGAUUUGCGCUUGAUCAUUCAUACAGUCUCCAUGGAUGUACCGCCGGGAGAUCUGACGGUACAAAACACCCUGCCCUCCCCAUCCCGACGUCAACAAGCCUCUGCUGUGAUGCACAUACUUAAACCGCCACACCCCCCUCUCACUCCCGGAUUACCGACCUGACUUGGACAUCCUGAUCUUUGAUAUCAUACCCUCACAUCACUCGUCGUCGACAGAGACAAGACCCACCGCAUAAUAUAUCCAGCUGGCACUCGAUACUCGACCUCCUCGACCACUCCAGCCACACAAGAAGAACACUUGAUCAAAGCUUUGAAGCUUCAAGUUGCGACGACAAGACCGCUCUUUCCCCACCAACAAGGGAUAAAUUUUCACACCAGAAAACAAAAUGGCAGGCACAAUGGUCACCACCCAGUACGCUGCACCUCAGCAAAGCAUUCACUAUGGAUACAUUCCUCCACCAUCACCACCAAUGGACGACAGCUCGAGAUGCUCGUUGCCUUCCAUCUCCAACCUUUUGGGACUUGCCGACCAAGGGUCUCCCACCGCUGAGACACACGCUCAGGCUCAACAGCAGCAGCAACAGCAACAGCAACAGCAACAACAAUGUAUGGACUUUGGCAGCACGACUGCAUGGAACCCGGUGCUAACAAGAUCCCCAGCCCAAUCGUCUUCUUCCAAGUCCGACGCCAGGCCCAACUCCUCGCACUAUGGCAACCCAGCUUUGAGGGGACUCCCACCAAGUCCUCCCAUGUCCUCGGGAGAAUCCUUCGAGGGAUACAACUCGCCGCCCACGAGGUCAGCCAGCCAGGUCUCGAACGGUUCCAACUACUACUAUGAGACCACUCCUCCACUGGGGCCCAUGGAAUCUGGCGUUCCCCCGAUGGCCGCUGCCGCCCCGAGAAUGUCGGUUCAACCUUCAGCAUACCAACCACACUUUGCUGCACCAUCCUACAUUGCCCAACCCACCAUUCCUGCCUACUAUCCCGCCGCCGCCCCUCCUCCUCCCAUGUCGGGCCUUUACUUCCAGCGGCCUCUUCCCCAGACGCAGGCUUUCCCUCCACCAUUGUCCAUGACUCUUGCGCCUGCUGGUGCGAACCCAUGGCAACAUCACCACUACAUUGCCCCGUCCUCGGCCGCCUCGUUCCCCCAGAGCCAAGACAGGUACAUCUGCCCAACCUGCAAUAAAGCCUUUUCGCGUCCCAGCUCUCUCCGCAUCCACAGCCACUCCCACACUGGCGAGAAGCCAUUCAAGUGCCCGGUCGCCGGCUGUGGCAAGGCCUUCAGUGUGCGAAGCAACAUGAAACGCCACGAGCGCGGUUGCCACAACUUUGACAGCAGCAGCAGCAGCAAUGGCAGCACCGCCAGCCGGUCUUGAAUGCGUGUGUGAGCUUGGACAGCAGGUCUCUCCAGUGCUGGUUUACUUUUAAUAUCAACCCCCCCUCCCUUUCGACAACCACAAACCAGCCAAAGAAAAUACAUCCCAAACCCUGGCGGUGCAGGAUAAAAUCGUUAUACCAUACAACGACCCCACACCAUGGCAAAAUUACUGGUACUUUUUAGUUUCUAAUUUUUUUCUGGCUGGGUGGUGUUUUUCAGCCGAGAGUUUUCUUCUUGAAAGACGAGGACAUGAUUCACAUCAGACUACUUACGCAAGUUGGGAUUUUUUUUUCUAAAACAAAGAAAGGCGGCUGGGUUUUGGGGUCGGCGCAAAACACAGGAGGGUGAAAGGAUUUUUUUCUCUUUUGGACUUUCUCCACUGCUUCUGGCGCAAGGGAAAGGGAACACAACACAAACGUCAUAACUGGGAUGUUCCAUGGCGGGUUGAAGGGGGUUGCGGCGAAACUUUUGGGGUUCAAUCAAUGGUGGGGGGAGGCGUGGGUUCACAACAUCGGGGGUUUUUGGCAAAGCAUUUACAUGGGGCGUUUCUUUCUUUCUUUUGGAGGUAGUCUUUUUUUGUUUUAUGUGCGGCAUGAUGUAUCUGACGAUCUGAUUCCCCCUCUCUUUUUUCUGGUGUGUGUUUGUGUUGCGAAGACAUAUACACGCCAAAAAAAAAAAAGGAAUAAUUACGUGUAUAUAGAUGGAGGAGGAGGAGGAAUAUGGGCCUCUCUAGGGGGCUAGGUUUGAGGAGCUGUCACGACCCGCUAGCUACAGUUUAGUUGGGUGAGGAGAAACAAGGAAAAUUGAAAAUAAAAAAAUUGGAAACAGAUCGUCG